AUGGAGGAAGAGGCGACGAAGAUCAUGUCUGCCUACUGUUCGGGCAACUACAGCGCAGUCGAGGAUGCAUUUAAACGUAUGGACAAGGACCUGUUCAAGCACGCCGUUCGCCGUGCUCGAGAACUCGGGAACUCGGCCUUCACCAACGGGAAAUACGAGGAGGCCAUCAAAUACUACAAUGAGGCUCUUGCUGGCGAAGAAGCUUCCCAGAAGCACUCCCUUCUAUCAAAUAGAUCUGCUUGUUACUUUCUCCUUGGUGACAACGAAAAGGCUCUUGAAGACGCUCGAACGUGUAUACAGCUGAAACGAGAGUGGCCAAAAGGUUGGUUCCGAGCAGGGAGAGUUUUGUUCGCGAUUGGGAAGUACAGCGGAGCAGUGUCAGCCUUCACAAUGGCAAAAAGACAUGAAGUGGACGCCAUGAAGCUGAGAGAGUUGGACCUUUGGAUAGACAAAUCAGAGAAGUUGGCUCACAAGGCAAAACUCGUGGCACGCGUCACAACUGAGUACAGCCGCUUCGACGGUAUCGAAGAUCCCGACGAUGAACUGGCUCAAGCGCUUUCAGCAGAUGUCGAUACGGGGGGAUGCCCCAUUGAAUUCAGCGAGCAACUUUCAGAAAAACAAAAGCGCCAGCUUGAGAUGUUGCUUACCGGAAAAGCUGACGUUUCCUCGUUUUCAGAGAAGCGAACGCGAACUCUGUCUUUCUGCCCCUCAAUGAUUUUCUCGGAGUUGCCAAACUUCUCGAACGUCCUCCGUGAAUCGGCACGCAGCAAAUGCUCUAACAAAGACGAGAAAUCCGGAACACGUCUACGGGAACGAACGGACGAGGAAACAAAAAAACAGAGGCUUCGCCUGGAGGCGCCCGUGGCACUUUGCAGGUAUCUUCAGUUAACAACGGAACUUCGCGAGCCAAGAAAGCUUGCGGGCAUGCUGAAUACUGUAGAGCUGUCGGCCUUUACUGACGGGCUCUCUGCAGUGCUAGAGAAUGUCCUUUCCAAUAAGGAGAUUUCUUGUAACAGCUGGCUGUUCUUGGGCACAGGCACGUCUGAGGUGGCCAAGCAGAUGGUGCACCGGAACGGAGUAUCUGCCCUGGUUAACGUUGUUCGGCAGCGAAUAGAGGGCGUUGAGUGUGCAGAUGAUGCCUCGGAUCCACUGGAUCACGUAACCAAGGAUAUGAGCAAGAAAGCUGAGGUGCUCGUCAUUGACCUCAGUAUGCUAGACGAAGCCCUGCUGGGCCGCCGUCUCAUUCCUCAAGUCCGAUUUGCCCGAAAAAACCUUUGUCAGCCUGACGUCGUAGUGUAUCCCAGCAGAGCAACGGUAUUUGUUGAGGCCUUUUCCGUAACCCUGCCUCCGACAAAAACUGGUUACCAGUGGGGAGCAGUUGAAACAGCUGUUCGGUGGAAUCCGUACGCAGAACCAACUGCCCUUCGGGUGACCCAGGUUCCUUGUCCGACUGGACCGCCGUCAAGUUUCUGUCCCGUUCACAACGGCGACGUUGCUGUUCCUCUCUCAGACCCUCAUCCAGUUUUCCAGUUCACUUUUGAUGGACACCUCGAAGAGUUAGAUCAGGUAGCGCCUGCUCUUGCAUCGGCUGCAUUCUAUUUAUUUCAGGACCUGCCUCUUCACAGAGAAGAAACUAUCGUCUUACCUUGCACUGGAACGGGAGUUUUGAAUGCCUUCGUGGUAUGGUACAAACUCUGUGCACGCUUCAAGAAGGACGAGGCAGUCAGUCAUCCAGACGACGAAGAAACUCUCGUGCUGGAUGGCACGCCACACUCCACCUCUGUCCCUCCCUGUUGCCGUUCACGACAGAAUGAACUGAAUGGCAGUGCUUGUUCACGAAGACCCGCGUGGCGCCAUGCCGUGUUCUGGAUUGACCCUGUAACCGUGGAAGAAGGUCAAGUACUUACAGUAAAAGCCUCUCACACCUCUUCACGGUUGCGCUUCAAGUUGGUCUCUCCGCGCGAAUCACCCAAACGCACGCAGCAGUUUGCCAUUGCCCGCUAUCACCUCGAUCUCCUCCGCGAUCCUGAGCUUCUCGGCCAUCUCGAGGCGGGGCUUGCCCGUGUCGCACGGACGCAGCUGGACAAAAUCAGGAAACGCAUGCAACGAUACGAACAGCUCGCAGGGUCUUCCAAAGCUGAGGAUCUCCCCGUGCCGCCUUGCCUCUCGAUCUUGUGCGCGGGAGCGGCUCCGGCCCCCCUGCCGUUCCUUGCUGGACACGCCGCAGCUGACGAAAUUGUCCGGUCGGAAGGCUGUUCGGCAGGUGCUUGGCAGCAGCACCACAAGCGAAUUCAGCGGUACCACGUCACAGUAGUCGACCCUUGGACUGGAAACAUUCGAGCCUGCAGAAAGGUCGCGUCCGACAACCGUGAGCUUCUCUUGGAGCAAUGCCUCGCGCCAACCGUUCCGAUGGUCGCGGACACGAAAUGGAGGCCUGUGUCGGACCUCAUUGCCAGAGAAAACCGUUCCGGAAAACAGAGAGCUUCUCUGCAAGAUAAACGAGAGCAGUCGAAUUGCAACACUAUCAAAGAACGAUCCUGUGAAAGUGCAGCGCCGCGUCUCGUGAUACCUGAGGAACCUGGAACCACAAAAGAAGGCCACGACGCACUUCUGAAAGCGAAAGUGAAAGAAAGGUUUUCCUUCCUAGAGAAGGAUGUGCGUCAACUUAAGCCGCCUCGGGGUGAGGAGGACGCUGCAGCUUUACUAGCUCUGGGAGAACUUUAUCAGCUUCCACCCGGAUCUGAUAUCAAGGCACAUCUCGAACGAAUCGACGAGGCAGAUCCGGAAGAAGCAGAAUUAUGCAGGCUGACCUCGCCUGCCCUAAUGUGUGUUUUGGGACUGUUUGAUUACGGGUGUUUGGGAGAGGGUGCUCUUCCCCUUUCAAAGUUCAUUGCGAAAGUGCUGAUGAACAAACGCGAAGGAGUCUUCGUGCCUCGCCGGGCGAGGAUUUUCGCCGUCCUUGUUGAGAUUGGCAAGGCUUCGGUAGGAGGUGUCGAUGCGGAAACGUGGCGCACAUACCGAUACGUGCCGGAUUACGGUGGUGUUGAUCUGGACGAGGAAGCGUUUGUACCACUUGGUGACCCUUUUGAAGCUUGGGAAUUUGAUUUCUCUGAGAACACUCUAGCCGACCAGGCCUCGCCUCUUUUUGCAAGAGCAACAAAGGAAUUGACGGUCAACAUAACCCACACUGGGGAGUUAAACGCCGUAGUCUUCUGGUUCGAGCUGGAAGUAGACGAACUCUUAACAAUAUCCACCGCUCCUAAUGCGUUGGUAUCCCGAAUCGGGUCGACGUUUCACAAGAUGGAUUCAUCAGGCAAACGAGUCGAGAGCAAAACACAAUCCUUGGCACAUGGUUCACAGAAUUCCUCUGCACACACAACGUAUCAUACGAAGGCGUGGAAGCAAGCGUGUCAGAUGCUGGCACCAGUUGAGGUAGUGAAAGGUCAAAAAGUAUCAGUCGGCACCGCGCACGACAGCACCAAGAUUUUGUUCAGAGUUACGGCUGACCAAGAGCAAAACGAAAGAUCGAGGCCCUUGAGCGAUCCCAGCUGGGUAAACAUGGCUGAGCGUCAUCAACAGCUGAGUAACACUUGGAUGAAGGUCUUAUGUAACAGCAGCGGUGAUAACGAUGACUCUUUUGUCUCACAAGUAAGCUUCUAA